AUGGACCCCAAGCGCCGCAAGACGGGCGAUGCAGACGUGGGCGAUUUGCGCCUGAGGUCUAGACAAGCAUAUCUGCAAAAGCGCGAAGCGGAACAGUUGGCGCUACUCCGGAAGCAAGUCAUAGAAGAGGCAGAAGAGGAGGAGAGGCUCGGUGACCGGUUAUCCAAACAAGAGCGCGCCGACUUCGCCAGGAAUCGCGAUACGCUUCGACUCGCUGAACAACGAAACGCCAUCGACGAACACUUGGAUGGAUACAUUCUACCCGAUGCCGACUAUACGACCAAGUCCGAAACGCUCGCGCGCAAACACAAGGAAAAGGGCUACGAGAAGUCUGAGGUGCAGCUAUGGGAAGAAGAGCAGACGUCCAAGGUUCGCGCACAGAUCAAGAAGCCAGAACGGGUGUCUGCGGAGGACUACGACUUCGUCUUCGAUACCGAACAAAACAUCAAGUUCGAUGCGCCCGUGAUCGAUCUCGAGAAGCAGCGUUUGCAGGCAAACCUCGACGAGGCAGAAGUCAAAGCCAAGAAUAUCGACGACACACGAAAGAGCCUUCCGAUCUACAAAUACAGGGAGGAAUUCAUACAGGCUGUUUCAGAACACCAGAUCAUAGUCCUGGUCGGUGCUACCGGGUCUGGAAAAACCACACAAUUAACACAGUAUUUAAACGAGUCCGGCUAUGCGAAGAAUAGUCUACGUAUUGGAUGCACACAACCCCGGCGAGUCGCCGCUAUCUCCGUCGCAAACCGCGUGGCAGCUGAAGUUGGCACGAAGAUUGGUCGACGAGUAGGCUACUCGGUCCGUUUCGAAAGCGCCAUGUCGGACGAUACACAGAUAGAGUACAUGACGGACGGUCUAGCGUUACGACUCUGUCUAACAGAUCCCACUUUAUCUGACUACUCGGUCAUGAUUCUCGACGAGGCCCACGAACGGACAUUGGCCACAGACAUUUUGAUGAGCCUGUUGAAGGAGAUAUGUCUUGCGAGACCAGAGUUUCGUUUGAUCAUUGCUUCAGCAACUUUGGCCGCACAGAAGUUCUCUACUUAUUUUCAUGACGCACCCAUAAUGAACAUUCCUGGGCGCACGUUUCCAAUAACGAAGGCACAUUCGACUCAACCGGAAGCCAACUACCUCUCAGCGGCAGUGACCACGGUUUUCCAAAUCCACUUGGGCUCGAAUGGAUCCAUGAACGAUGUCAAAGGUGACAUUUUGAUCUUUUUUACAGGAGAAGAGGAGAUUCUGGCUGCCGCUGAUUAUAUUAACGAUACACAAAAGAAACUCGGUAGUCGAAGCCCUCCAUUGAUUGUAGCUCCAGUGUACGGAGCACUUCCUUCCGAGGCUCAGCAGCUUAUUUUCAACCCGGCGCCACCUGGUAGUCGGAAAGUUGUGCUCGCCACCAACAUUGCUGAGACUUCCUUAACAAUCGAUGGGAUCAGCUACGUCAUCGAUUGCGGUCUCGAGAAACAAAACUCGUUCAAUGCCGCGACUAACAUGGCAUCGCUCGUCACCGUCCCUUGUUCGCGAGCCAGCGCCGAACAGAGAGCAGGUCGUGCUGGACGCACGGGACCUGGCAUGGCCUUUCGGCUAUACACCAAAUAUGCUUUUUAUCAUGAGCUCCCCGAGUCGAGCUUGCCGGAGAUCUUGAGGAUCAGCCUCGAUGGGCCGGUCCUCACGCUAAAGGCCAUGGGCAUACAUGAUGUUCUACACUUUGAUUUCAUGGUACGUAUCUCCUAUCCCGAAGUACAAAUUGGAACGCUUGCUAAUCAUCCCCAGGAUGCGCCUCCAGUGGAAGCUCUUGCAGCUUCACUUGAAACGCUCUAUGCACUAGGAUAUUUGGACAGCAACGGUGCUGUCACCAAAUUAGGCAGGCGAGCCAGCGAACUACCCUUAGAUCCACGACUGGCCAAAGUUCUCUUAACGGCGGACAGCCUUGGUUGUGUCGACGAGAUCGUCACCCUUGUUGCGAUGGUACAAGAAGCCGGCACUCUAUUCUUUGCGCCCAAAGACAAGAAAGUUGCUGCGGAACAUGCGAAAGCCAGGUUUACCUCAUCAGUCGCUGGCACAGGGGGUGAUUUGAUUGCCUUCUUGAAUGUCUGGAAUGAAUUCGUCGAGAACGAUUAUUCUGUGACUUGGUGUCGAGACAAUUUCGUGCAAUACCGAUGUCUUAACCGAGUUCGAGACGUACGCGAUCAGCUGGUGAAACUCUGCGAGCGCGUAGAGAUCUUCGAGUCAUCCUGCGGAGUACAUGAAUACGUCAAGAUCCUGAAGGCCUUCGUAUCCGGAUACUUCGCCAACGUCGCACGGCUCAAUCGUGACGGACAAACGUAUCGGACACUGAAACAGGGCUUGUCAGUCAACAUACAUCCAUCCUCGUGUCUGAGGGACGUACGACCCAAGCUCAUCGUCUUCGCCGAGCUUGUGCUCACGAGCAAAGAAUUCGCCCGCACUUGUGCGCCAAUUGAACCAGCAUGGCUGACGGAAAUGGCGCCGCAUUACCACAAACAAAAGGAAAUUGAUGGACUGGAUGUUGGCAAGAAGAUGGGCAAGGGACAGGGGAAAGUUGGCACUGACCGCUAA